AUGUCGUCUCAAAAGGACAAUGCCUCGCAGCCCAACCAGGCCAGUCAGCCCAAGAUAUCCACUCCGCCUGAGCAGGCAACUCAGCCCGAGCGCCCACCCGGACCCCCGUCCGAUGAUACCGUUCUCGUCUGGCACCAGGUCAAGGUCUACCACGCCUUACCAAGGCCUACCAUGGACGGUGUGUAUGCCGAGUUCCGAGAGAUAUUCGAUGGGUGGACCAAGGAGCGGUUCCAGAAUGUCCACCCUGACGCCCGUAGGGCAUUGAAGUACGCCCUUCGCACGGGGGGAGUCUACACGGGACCUGUGCGCAAACAUACAGCAGAAGCCUUGGCAGAUAUCGCCCAGCUGCCAUGUGUCGAGAAUGGGAUGUGGCCACCCGCACCUCCCUGGGACCGCCAAGAGUUCCUCCAAGCGAGCUUUACCCCAGGGGGAGAAGCAGGACUUUUGCAGUGGAAAGAGUUGGACAUUUUGAGGCGGCUAGAUCUGCCGCCCCAACUGCCACCUCCUUCGACACCUGCUCCUCAGGGACAAAUUCCAGCUCAGCACGUUCCUCAGCCAGUGCCAUUUCAGGCCCUCCUCAAGGACCCACAGCCUGGUCCGGCCACGGUUUGGGGACCUACUCAGCAACCUCCCUGGCCCCCUAUCCAAGGAGCUCCGGUUCCAGGGCAAAUUCGUCAAGCGCAGAAUCUAGCUCUGUUACAGGGGCAAGCUGGACAGGGCCAGCUGCAGCCAGGUCCUCAGCUGCAAACCGACUCGCCACAAUUCAACUCCGGGUCCACACAGCCGCCACAGCCAAACCCUCGACAGGCCCCUAGGAAUGGAAACCGCGGUUAUCGAUCAGAACCAUACCCAUCGUCGUUCAACUCGUACUCCAAUCCCACAUUCAGGGCAGCACUGCGGGGAGCUGCCGCGGUUUCACGCUCCCAUACCCCACUGAUCUCUACGCCGCUAGUGUCCGGUCAAACAGUUGACGAGGAUGACGGCAACAUUGGUGACAGCGACAAGAAGCAGGAUUGA